UCUUUACUUCACUCCUAGGAGAAACCACGACGAACAACUCCGUCAAUGUGCGAUUCAUUUCAAAUAUUCAGCCGGACGUGGAUAUCAAAAGCUUCAAUUGGUGUGCGUACAUGAUCUCGUGUCUCAAAAGAAUGAAAACAGCGUGGCAUGGUGGCGAUGAUGCUUUUCGAGGGCCUAUGUUAUUACUUGCGAUUGCUUACGGAAUUGUGUUAAAGAAGAUACCUUCAUCACACAGUUCAAAUAUUAUUGAACUUGUAGAUGAUGAUCUUCUUGACAAUCUCGAAUGUGAUAUAGAAAGGAUGCAUACUGAACAAAAUAAGAAGACAAAGACAAAGGAAGAUAAAAAACAUAAACGAGCAGAAGGGGUUGAGUGUGCUAGAAAAAAAUUCAAGAAGCAAAAACAAGGCCAGAAAAAGGGAAUCGAGAUCGAAGAUGAUGAUGCGCACUUGGGUAUAUACAGACACUGUGCUGAUUACCUCCUGUCACAAACUGACACCCAAACAUGUGCAUUAUUUGGAGGUCCGGAUGGCGAAGUCCGCAUUCUGAUGGUCUCUCAGUAUGGUGACACUCCAUCAGCAUCAGGAACAUCAGUUCAGAAUGAUUUUGAGCUGGUUCGAGCCAAUUUGUUGGAUAACUUGUUUAGUGAAUUUGAGAUAUGCGUUCACAAGAUCAAUAACACCAUAACAGAAUCGUGUCUGACGUUCCCGGAUAGUGAUCUGCUGAAACAGAAAGGAUUGGAGUGGAAGGAGUUAAUGAAAGUGCUGCUUGUCGUUGACGAUGAGGAAAAAAAGGAUGGAGAUGAAGUGGAAAAGGGAGAUCAAAACGUUGAGGCAGAAAAUGAUGAUAUUGCUGAGGCAGUUGAACCAGUUGAUCCGCAAAAAGAACUGGACAAAGUUGUUGAAAGGGUUCAAAGUGAAAAAACACUAGAGACAAAGAAUUGAAACGGUGAACUUGUCAACAAGACUGGCCGAUGCAUCAACGGAUGAAAAACGUAAAGAAGUAACGGAGCCUGUUCAACGUCAGAGAUCGCCAAGGCCGAAACAAACAAUCAAGCUUCCGGCGGCACUGCGGUCACCGUACGUGCAUCGGCCUGUUAUGUUGUGAACCGUUCGUGAUAAUGCUGAAGAAACACUUGCUCGAUGUAUAUUUUCUGCAGUAGGAAACGUAUGGGAUAUUUUGUUCAGCGACAACGGUAACGUGUCGGUUAUGAGGGGGCCUUUUGAAUCGAUGAUGCCUGGUGUAACUGUGCACGUGAAUGUCAUCAGUGCCUGGGCCGCAUUGUUGAACCAUGAAGAAAAAAAGAGGAGGAUGGGGACAGCCCCAAGAUUAUUCUGCAACGCAGGAAUGCUGCUGGAAAAAAAUUUCGCGUUGUCUGAAGAUGGACGAUUAGCAGAAUUUACGAACAACAUGAAUGCUGUGCUUGAUUCAACAGAACCAAAAGUAUUUAAAGGCAACUUUGAGAUGGUGUUUAUACCUAUGUUGACCGGGCAACAUUACUAUCUGCUGUUUUUCAACUUGAGAACAAGAGAUGUCUUUAUUACUAACAACAUAGAAGGUGCUGCAGGCUUAGAAAGAUACCAAGGAAAUGUGGAGAAGAUGAUAAGUACAUUUUGUCGGUAUCUAAGACCGAUGCAUCCAAAAAUCGCUGCAUAGCUAAGGAAUACACAACCAGUUCGACUAGAGUUGCCAUGGCAAACACUUUACAAUGGCAUCGACUGUGGUAUUUUCCCUAUGCGACAUAUGGAAACUUACAAUGGAACACACGUUGGACAUUGGAUGUGUGGUUUAUCGAAUGAGAGGGACGUUACUGGCUUGGUUUUGCCUGAUCAAGCACGCGAAAUCGAGGAUCUGCCUAAGAAGUACCUCUCAAAAAUGCUCCUAAGCGACGUGAACACGGAACGGGGACAAGUGGAACAAGAAGUACAAGAAUAUGCACUUUUGGACGAGGAUGAUAGGUUGAGAAUGGAAGAGAAUGCAAUCAAUCGGAUUGCUGAAAGGUUGGGAGCUGAAGUGUAAGUGGACAGCAGAACAAGUUAAACUUUUUGUUAAAAGACAAACAUUUUGGGAAAUAUAGAUUAUAUGAUGUGUUAGCGUUUUGGCAAAGUUGUGAUUAUGGUGUAGUUUGACUAUGUAAAGUAUGAUUACAAUCGUAAGCUGUUUGUGUUUUACACACCUUUUUAUUCUGGUG